AUGCCACCCAAGUUAGCCAGCAAGACAGCACCAGACAGCGCACAAAAAAACAAAGCGCGCAAGACAGCCGCUGCGCCGGCCGCCGCCGAUGGAACACCAACCAAAGCACAGAAGACGAAGGGAGGAAAGCAAUCAAAAGUCGCAAAGACCACCGCCAACGUCCAACCCGGAGACCCAACCCCCACAGGCCGCCGACGCCGCUAUAAGCCCGGCACCGUCGCUUUGAAGGAAAUCCGCCGCUACCAACGCUCAUACGACCUACUCAUCGCUAAACUUCCCUUUGCGCGCUUAGUCCGCGAAGUCGCGCUCGAUCUCCUCCCCGCCGACGUCGGCGCCGAGUUGCGCUGGCAGUCGCAUGCCAUCCAAGCUCUGCAGGAGGCCGCUGAAGCUUUCCUCGUCCACCUCUUCGAGGAUACGAAUCUAUGCGCGCUGCACGCGAAGCGCGUAACUAUUAUGCAGAAGGAUAUCCAGCUUGCGCGGAGAAUUCGCGGCGCCUGGGCAGGGCUUGGUUGA